UGUUAUUCUUUCGAAAAACGUUUGUGCGCGUGCGGAUGUGCCUCGCCUUUGCUUUGUCCAGUGCGGUACAAUAAAUCGUGAUUGUUUUGAAUGUGUAAUGUGACUAGAUUUCUAUGAAGUUGUGUUGCAAUCUGUGAUAAAAAUGACCUAAUCAAAUCGUGAUGAGUGUUUGAUUAGCCAGUGUAGUGUACAAUGGGUUUAAUUACGUCCAGGGAACAAACGAUGUUGGACGGACCGGUGGGAACAACAAAAAGCCACCAUGUACGGCAGCCGUCCACAAGAAAUCGGACCAAACCUCCGAUGCCCGAUAGAGAUGAACUGGAGAACAGAUUUAUCAAAGUUUUGGCAUCGAUGGACCUGCCACCGGACAAAGCAAAACUGCUGCGCAACUACGACCUCGAGAAGAAGUGGGAGAUCAUCUGCGACCAGGACAUGGUGCAGGCGAAGGAUUCCCCCGCGCACUACCUGAACAAGUUGCGCACGUACCUGGACCCGAAGGCGUCUAGGAGUCACAGGAAACGAAAAAUGGUAGGCGAUUCGACGUCGACACAAGUGCUACGGGAUUUGGAAAUAUCACUACGAACCAAUCACAUAGAAUGGGUUCGCGAAUUCCUGAACGAGCAGAACCAGGGGCUCGACGUGCUGAUCGACUACCUGAGCUUCAGGCUGAGCAUGAUGCGGCACGAGCAGCGGAUCGCGCUGGCGAGGAGCCAGUCCAGCGAUGGAAUACAUCAGGCAAACACAACAACAUCCGACAUAAGCGGCGCGGAAGCGAGUUCAACACUAACAUCAACAUGGCGGCGACGCGCCCGGUCAGCUGACUCCGAAGCGGACGGCGCCGCGAGUCCAGCGGUCGCUAGACGGCGCACGAGACACGCGGCGAGGCUCAAUAUGGGCGCCUCUACUGAUGAUAUACACGUGUGCAUUAUGUGCAUGCGUGCUAUUAUGAACAAUAAGUACGGGUUCAACAUGGUGAUCCAGCACCGCGAGGCGAUCAACAGCAUCGCGCUGUCGCUGGUGCACCACUCGCUGCGCACGAAGGCGCUCGUGCUCGAGCUGCUCGCGGCCAUCUGCCUGGUCAAGGGCGGACACCAGAUUAUACUGUCCGCUUUCGAUAAUUUUAAGGAGGUGGUCGGCGAGCCGAGACGGUUUCACACUCUGAUGGAGUACUUUAUGAACUACGAUACCUUCCAUAUUGAAUUUAUGGUGGCGUGCAUGCAGUUCGUAAACAUAAUAGUACACUCUGUGGAAGAUAUGAACUUUAGAGUGCAUCUGCAGUACGAGUUCACGGCGCUCAAGUUGGAUGAUUAUCUGGAGAGAUUGCGCAUGUGCGAGAGUGAGGAUUUGCAGGUCCAAAUAUCGGCAUAUCUAGACAACGUGUUUGACGUCGCCGCGUUAAUGGAAGACAGUGAAACUAAAACUGCGGCACUGGAGAAAGUUAACGAGCUAGAGGAUGAAUUGGGGCAUGCGCACGAGCGGCUGGCCGCGUUAGAGCGAGAUGCAAUAGCGAAACUGGCUACACUAGAAUCUGAACUGGCGCAAGUGAGACAGGAGAGAGAUCAACUAGCUGAGGCCAGACGACAGGUGGUUGAAGAGGUGUCCACGUUACGGCGGGCGCAACAGGAUUCUCGUAACAGACAAUCCAUGUUGGAGUCUAAAGUGCAAGAGCUCGAAUCGCUCACCAAAUCCUUGCCGAGAGGUGCUUCUAUGGGCGCGAUCUCCUCCCACGCGCUGUGCAACGGCACCACAAACGGGCACGCGUCCCCCCCUCCCCCUCCCCCGGCGCACGCACACACGCUCCCCCUCCCGCCCGCCACACACGCGCACCUCAACGGCGACGUGCACACGCACGCCCCGCCCCCCCCCCCCGCGCCGGCCGCCCCGCUCCCUCCCCCGCCCCCGCCCCCGCCGGUGCUGCUCCCUCCCCCAGCGCCGCCCGCCCCGCCCGCGCCCGGCCUCAUGCAACCCCCGCACCAUACGGACGCGAUGACGAUCAAGAGGAAAGUGGACACGAAGUAUAAGCUGCCGACGUUGAAUUGGAUCGCGCUCAAGCCGAAUCAGGUCCGCGGCACGAUAUUCAACGAAUUGGACGAAGAGCGUCCGCGCAGGCGCAUAAACUUCGCGGAGUUCGAGGAGAAGUUCCGUAUCGGCAGUGCGUGUGCCGCGCCGCUCGCUGCGGACGAGCUCGCGUCCUUCCCCAGCAAGCGAUUCCGCAGGGCUGAUACUACCUCGCUGUUGGAGCACACGCGCUUGAGGAACAUUGCUAUCUCGAGAAGAAAACUCGACACGCCAGUCGAAAAAGUAAUCGCCGCGAUAAACAAUCUCGACCUAAAACAACUGCCGCUCGAAAGCGUCGAAAUCUUACAACGCAUGGUGCCCACAGAAGCUGAACAGAAAGCCUACAAAGAAUAUGUCGCAGAGAAGAAAAACAUCAACCAAUUGACUGAAGAAGAUAAAUUCUUGAUGCAACUGGCGAAGGUUGAAAGAAUAUCCGCAAAGCUGUCCAUCAUGAGCUAUAUGGGCAACUUCUUCGAUAAUAUCCACUUGAUCACGCCGCAAAUUCACGCGAUAAUAUCUGGCUCCUCCUCAGUUAAAUCGUCCCAGAAACUCCGGAAUGUUCUAGAAAUUAUUCUGGCGUUUGGAAACUACUUGAAUAGCAGUAAACGUGGUCCAGCGUAUGGGUUUAAACUACAGUCCUUAGAUACUCUAAUGGACACAAAGUCGACGGAUAAGAGAGUGUCGUUACUGCAUUAUAUCGUGGCGACGAUACGACAGAACUUCCCGGAGUUGUUGAGUUUCGAUACGGAGUUACUGUACAUCGACAAAGCUGCGCAAGUGUCGUUAGAGAACGUAUUGGCCGACGUGGCGGAGUUAGAGCGCGGUAUGGAAGCAGCUCGGCGCGAGAGCGAGGCCCGCGACGCGCACCGGUCUGCGCACGCGCACGUGCUGCGCGACUUCAUCGCCAACGCGCACGACAAGCUGCGCCGGCUGCGCAUCGAGACCAAGCACGCGCAGGACUCGUUCGCAUCGUGCGUGGAGUACUUCGGGGAAGCGCCGCGCGGCUGCGACGCUAAUACGUUCUUCUCUCUGCUUGUACGCUUUACGAGAGCUUUCAAGCAAGCAGAUGCGGAAAACGAGCAACGCCGCAGGCUCGAGCAAGCUGCUCAAUUGGCAGACAGCGCCGACACCAAUAAGAAUAAGAUUGUGCAGAAGAAACAACAGGAGGCUGUAAUAAACGAGUUGAAAACGAAGUCGCAAACGGUCGGCGAGAAGAAGCUGCUCCACCAGGACGAAGUCUACAACGGUGCAUUAGAAGACAUACUACACGGGCUCAGAAGUGAACCCUACCGUCGUGCGGACGCAGUACGACGUUCUCAAAGACGUCGUAUCACAAGCCAUCGCCUCUCCAAAGGUCUAGAUGACCUGGACCUCUGAUACGAAACUCCCCCCAGCGGGGACUUCCAGAACGUUCUGGAACAUUCGAGCGGAAACACGCUGGACUCGUACGUGGAAUACAAAGGAAACUCGACAUUCUCGAGUCAGAAUAAGACGGAUUGUCGUGGCAAAGAUUUCUCGGUUAGAGAUGCGAUCAAUAAUAUAGAUCGCAAGUGCGGAGUGACGAAACGACGCAAGGAUCUAGAGAUGGUGCACAAGAAACCGAUCGCGAUAUACAAUAUAGAGGACAAUAUCGACUUCUGCGAUUUCACAGGCAGGAAACCGAAAUGCUCGACCUACAGAGUGGCACCUGUAGACCAUCAGGUGGAAGAGCGAUGUGAACUCAUUAAAUCUACAUACGACGCCAUUUCUAAGUACACGCGCGCCAUGUUUGAUAAACAGAAUGAAACCGUCGUGUGAGUGCCUAGUUUUUUUUUUAUCUUUUGCCUUCAUGGGGUAUUGCGCGUCGAUCACGUGCAAUUUUGAUAUAUUGUGCAUUUUUAUAUUUAUGAUAACGGUUUUAGAAUAAGGACUGUAAUUUAUAUACAUCGAACCUAUUAACUCGCUAUAGACUCGGAACGUGAACAAUACGCAAUGCUCCACUAAAAUAAGGACAGAAGAGUUUGUUACGCCCACAGUUCAUUCCACGCUAAAGCAAUAUUUUGCUAUGUGAAUAUACACUUUUUGACUUUAUAUAUUGUAAUAAUCGGGGUUUUGUAGCCGACAUUUUACUGGAGCGAAUCAAAUAAAGGUUUUCACAUGCUACGCUUGGGAGGUCAGGUUCUAAAGAUAAUAUGCCUUAUAAUGUUGUAUUUAAAGUUCAAAUUUGAUCUGACUAUAUUAAUGGCCUUCGGUAGAUUAUAAUUGCAUUUAUGUGAUAAGAUAAUACAACAGUAAAAACCAAAUUUUACAGCAAUAUUUGUAGUUUAAGAUAAUAUUCGCAAGACCAAAUUAAAGAAAAUGACGAAGCAAUCGCAUCUGGGCCUGAUUUUCCCCAUCUCCUAUAGCUUAUAGUCUGGCUAGAUAUUAUUGGCUUUUAUACGCACAGUUUUUAAAUAAAUAUUUUGUAGCGUCAUGUAAUUUUUACACGUUUGUAUCGAUGUAAAGGACAGUAUGUAUAAAGGUUUUUUAAUAUAUGAUAUUAUUAAUGUAGGUUUAUUAAUAAUAAUAAUUAAUCGAGAAAGUUGAUACUGUGAUGCGCGCGAACGAUUUUUUGUGCAUUUACAUUAAGCAUUUUGUACCUUAUAUUAUUAGUGAUAGAAAUAUUUCCAUUUUUACACUGGUAACACUGAGACGGGUUUGAUGGUUUUUUAAAAACGGUUGACUGAUAUAUUGAAGUGAAAGAUAUUAUUAAAUAUGUACUAAUAACUAUGAAUUCGAACAGAAUACUACAGUAAGAAAAAAAGAAUUGCUUUUUUAUAGAAUUUUUUGUCGUAUUAAUUCACGCACAAAUUUAAAAUUAAUGUUCACGUAAAUAAAUUUAAUAAUAAUAAUACGUCAGUUAUUCUUUUUGUAUAUUAUUCUCACUUCAAUAUGGCGGUCAACCGCAAAGGACAAACACAUGACAUUUAGUUGUUG